AUUUUUUUAAAAUAAUUCCAAAAUUGAGAAUCCCUAAUUAAAAUAUUUCUCCCCUUCUAUCAUCGUCGUAUCUCUUCCAAACGAGGCUUCUGUUCCUCCUCCUCCAACGCCGAGUUUAACAGUUCACGAAAUCCAAACUAGGGUUCUGUUCCCCGUGCUCAACGAAACAAAAUCGGAGACGGUAAUCGCCUGAAACCAGCAUAGUAACUGAAUCGUAAUCUUCUAAAAAAUGUCUGGGGAAGAGGAAGAAAACGCCGCAGAGCUCAAAAUCGGAGACGAGUUUUUGAAAGCAAAGUGCUUGAUGAACUGUGAAGUUUCGUUAAUUCUGGACCACAAAUAUGAGCAGCUUCAGCAGUCGUCUGAUGAUCCCAUGAAUCAAGUUUCUCAGGUAUUUGAAAAGUCAUUGCAGUAUGUGAAGCGUUUCAGUCGCUAUAAAAAUCCUGAUGCUGUUAGACAAGUUCGAGAAAUCCUUGCUAGAUAUCAGUUGGCUGAGUUUGAGCUGUGCGUCCUAGGCAAUCUCUGCCCAGAAACUGUGGAGGAAGCUAUUGCUAUGGUUCCAUCUAUCAAGACAAGAGGACGAGCUCAGGAUGAUGAAGCAAUUGAGAAGAUGUUAAAUGACUUAUCAUUGAUUAAGAAAUUUGAAUAAUAGUUCUGUCUCUCGUAAAUCACGGGUUUUUCUGCGAUGUAAUGUAAGUGGUACUAUAUAACAUAUCACUUGACUGUAAACACGCAUGUGUUUGGUUAUUACAAAACUCUUCAUGGUAAUAUAGAUACUUUACCAUGACUUUUAUCGACUAGGAUUUGAUAGAGAUCUGUGAUAGUGCAUGAGACUGUCUGCGACAUGUUACAAAGAUGAAAAAAACAUGAUUAUUGUCUUGCUGUGUAUCCUCCUAUAUAUAAGGGAUUAUUUUGUUAUACUUUUCCUAGUGACAGGGUUAGAGAAUGUUUUGUACAAACACUGGUUCCAUGUACAAAUAAAAGUCCACCUUCCGUUUUAUCAAA